UCUCUCUCUCUCUCUCUCAUCUCAUCUCAUCUCAUCUCUCCCCUCCCCCUCACAGCCACCUCCUUGUUGUUUGCUGUCCGUGCGGCUUCAGUGGUCAGAAUGGCGUCGCUCAGCCUCCUAGUGCUCGGCACUGCGCUGCUCCAUGCCACUCAGUGUGCACUUGCAGCUCCUGGAGGAAUCAGACGCCAGAACCUGUUUGCCUACGACGACGACCGCAAUGAGGUGAUGUCACAUCCGGCCUACUACCAAUCAGAUGGAUGGAGGGGCCAGAGUUUGGAGCAGGCCCUUCAGCGAUUGGUGGAGAGGGGCCAGAGGCAGGACGAGGAGGAGCAGCGGUUAGCUUCCGUGACGACUUUGCUCCGCCUCCUCGCCAAGGCCGAGGCUGAGGGAUUGGUUGAUCCCGGAGAUGUGCAGCUGGAGGAGGAGGACUUCCCAGGCCUGGGCCAAGGUCGGGCCCUGAGCAUGGGGAGGCCCCCCACGGCCUGGUGGAGCCUCGUGACGCCUCAGCUGCUUCAGGCCCUACUAGACAGGAUGGAACCGCAGGCAGGUGGAUCCCCGCCGGCGAGGAUGAUACUUGAGCGAUUCCAGGGCGAUGAUUACGACUACGGUGAUGACAACGAUGUGAGACGUCUGCUUGCUAGGAUCCUGCCAAUCAUCAGCCCUGAAUAUGCUCCCUCUGGACGCGCAAGACGGGAUGUGUCCGUCACGGAACCUGCGACAACCGCCUACAGGAGAAGCCGCCGUUCCCUUGGCGACGACACCUUGCCGUCGCGCAGCAAUGAGCCGCUGCUCAGGGUGAAGAGGCUGGGCGAGGAAGAGCAGGAAGGGCAGCAGCUUCACACGAUGGCAAACACCAACGUGCGACAACAUGGCGGCCGACGCCGGAGAGCCGCCCUAAACCAUGUGCUGCUUCACCAGAUUGCCAACUACAUGAGGAAGUAGAAGGCAAAGAAAGGAAAUGGAGGAAGAAAGUGGUGUUGUCUUAAGAAGAAUCAUCUUUAUUGUUGUGAAUACAUGCAUAUUCAUGAAAUGUGUCCUCAUCACAGGGUCAACUUUUAUUACAACUGAGUUAAAAUCCCCAAGUAAGGCCCGGUUAUCGGUAUGUGUGUAACCCACUUUAGCCGUUAACAAGGUCAGCUGAGGGAAAAUGACUUUUUUUUGACACCCCAUGAAACAGAAUCAUUGCUGAGGAUCCUCUUUAGAGAUAUCUGACAAGAGUGCCUUUGCUGAGUUGGCUCAGAAAAAAAAUAAAACAUCUCAAAUUGGACCCGAUUAUUGGUAUAGGUAAACCGUGCUUUAAACAUUAGUAAGAUCAGAGGUGUGAAAUGACUCCUAAAACACUCAACACCACACAAUAAUCACUUGGAAUCAUCUUUAGAGACAUCUGCCAAUAAGGGCAUUUGCCGACUUUGAUCGGAAGGGGGUAAAAAUGCUCAAAUUAGGCCUGAAAAUUGGUAUGUGUCUACCCCUCUUUAGCCAUUGACAAGCUCAGGGGUGAAAAAUGUAAUCUUAACACACCCCACAAGACAGGAUAAUCGCUUAACAUCAUUUUAAGACACAUUGGACAAAUAGGCCUUUGCUAUCUUUGACCAGAAGUAGGUAAACACAGUAACAGUAAUAGACAGCACGGUCUAUUGGUAUCCUGUAUGUGUACCCCAAUUUAGCCAUUAACAAGAUUGGGGAGGAAGAAUGACUCUUACUAGAACGCCACACAACAUUAUUCACUCAGGAUAAUCUCUUAGCGACAUCCGAUGAUCGGGCCUUCUGCCGGUUGAUGGUUUCAACUUGGUGGCAGGAUUGUAACAACUUGUUCACAGCUGCCACACCUAAAGUUGUCAUGUUAUUUGUGUUGUUUUCUUGGGGGGUCAGGUUCAAAGUGGUGCCACGAGAACGUCUUUCGGAGCUCUGUGUUGUGUUUGUGCACUCCAGCUAAUCCCAGCUUGUCAUGUGACCACAAGUUUGCAUGCCUACAUGGCACAAAGUAAUCAAAAGUAAUAAUAAAGUUCAAAACUUUAA